AUGACCCAUAUCUUGCUUCCACACCAAUCGAGUCUGCUGAAAAGCCACUCUUCCCUCCUGAAGCUUCCUACAUCUGAGAACGUAAUCUUCGAACUCGUCACCGGCGUCGACAAAAAACAAACAACAAGUGGUGUGGAGGACAACCCACUGGGCGACUUUGCGGUGAAGAAGCACCUAUUGUGA